ACAGGGUUUGGAGAAUUAUCAAUUCAAACCAAAGAAGAAGAAGAAAAGUAUUACAGCACUAAUGGGUGCCAACGGAAUAUCCCAAGACCCUUUUAUACAUACCUGGAAGCCGGAAGACGGGGCGCACCUGGGGUUUGGUCACAAGAGCCUUCUGCAGAGCGAUGGUCUUUACCAGUAUAUAUUGGAGACUAGUGUGUACCCAAGAGAGCCUGAACCCUUGAAGGAGCUGAGAGAGAUGACAGCCAAGCAUCCAUGGAACCUCAUGUCCACCGCUGCUGAUGAAGGCCAGUUCUUGAACAUGCUCCUCAAGCUCAUCAAUGCCAAGAAGACAAUGGAGAUUGGUGUCUACACUGGCUACUCCCUCCUAGCCACCGCCCUUGCUCUUCCCCAAGAUGGGAAAAUUUUGGCCAUGGAUGUCAACAGAGAACACUAUGAGCUUGGCCUGCCUAUAAUUGAGAAAGCUGGUGUUGCUCACAAGAUCGACUUCAGAGAAGGCCCUGCUCUCCCAGUUCUUGACCAGUUGGUUGAAGAUGACAAGAACCACGGUACAUUUGAUUUUAUAUUCGUGGACGCCGACAAGAACAACUACCUUAACUACCACAAGAGGUUGAUUGAGCUUGUGAAGGUCGGGGGUCUGAUCGGCUACGACAAUACCCUAUGGAAUGGCUCUGUGGCGGCACCUGCUGAUUCGCCACUCCCCGAGUACCUCAUUUAUUAUAGGCCGUUCCUAAUGGAGCUCAACAAGGCCCUCGCUAUGGACCCUAGGAUUGAGAUUUGCAUGCUUUCUGUUAGUGAUGGGAUCACUCUCUGCCGUCGGAUCAAAUGAAUGCUCAAACCAAACACAGCAUCACUGGAGUUUUAUCGUUUAUUUAUUUUCCUUUUUUUUUGUUGUUGUUUACUUUGAUCUUUUUAUUAGUUUCCGUACUUGAAAAUGAACGGUGAGCGAUCGAGGAAGACCAUAUUUGGGUGGUGCAGAUUUAAUUUGCUGCCACAAUAUAUAUGAAGUAUUUGUAUUUCAAUAACUUUGUAUGGUCUACUUUUAUGUACGAAAUGCAAGUCUAUGAAAUAACACAUAUGACAUAUGUAUGUGAAA